CAAAUGCCAUCUCAUGCUGGGCCCUGAUUCAACCAUCGGCUUGCUACAUGCGCGCUCUGAAGCUGGUUUAUGCUCUGAUCGCAGUAACUGUGGUUCCUGUGACGAAAGUUAAGGUGAGUUGGUUGGAAAUUACCGUCAUCGAAUCCAUGGCAAAGGCAAAGUUCGUAUUCCUAAAGGAAUGAGUUCCGAAAGCAACCCGUCAAAGAAGCGCCAUCGAGCUGCGGCUGAGGCAGCCAGAAAUGCUAGUCUCUCAACUGGACCAUUAGUAGCAGUUGACGAUCGGCCUCUUGAACAGGCUUCAGACUUCGCUUUAGCUAAUAAUCUUGAGUCAAUGCAAAUUGAUCAACGUGACUCGUCAAGUAAAAGCAUGGUCUCCGAAGGAGGUGUCUCAAAAAUCUCGCAGUUCACAAAUUGCACGAAUCCAAACUUUGACUCGGUCCAUCGCAUAUGGAAGUCUGGAUCCUCCAUGCAAAAGGAGGUAGUCUCAGUUUUGGCUGCAGUUGCAGAGUUAAUCAAAGAGCGUAAUGGUAAGGAAACAGACGUUGAGUAUUUUGCCGCUCUUACCACAGCGCUAGAAGGCACCAGUAUCAGUGAACCAUGUAGAACGGCUGCUGUUGCUUUUCUGUUACAAUUGAUUGUCAAAAAAGUUCCAAAAGAAGUUUUACAAGCACAGUUCAUGAGAACAGUACAGAUUCUAUACACAAAAAUGUUGGAAAAUUCGGAGCAAAGUGAAAGCUCUCCGCUCAAAUAUCUCUUAUCCAUCCUGGGAGUUGUUCUUCGCGCACAGCCUGCUCGCAUCUGGAACAAUGCGAAUACUAGGAACAUGGUUGUUUCUGUCGCGGCCUUAUGUGCUCAUGAAAAGCCUUGGGUACGCACCAUGGCACGGCGCGUAGUACGUGCAGUGUUAACUGAUCCAGUAACAUCAAUGGAGAAUGGGCUGCAUGCUGCUGCAUCGGGAGUUGGGGUUUUUGUACAGCAGCAACUCCAAGCCGCACUGGGCUCAAAAGGUGGCGACAUGACUAGUGUACGUUAUUUAUGUCUUUUGGAAGGCAUCAUGCACAAAAUGCCUUCUACAUUAUUCAAGCAGCUUGCGGAAACCAUACUCAAAUCGUUUACCAUUGCGGAUCCUAUGGUAAAGUGCAGCGCAUUGCAAUGCCUUUAUCGGUGCUUACAACGUCAACCGUGUGACGCCGCACUUUCGGUUGAGACGAAUGUGCUGCUCGUGAAAGCUCUUACUCAGCUAUCUCCGUCGAGCGAAGAUGUCACAGUAUGUGCAUAUUGGAUGCAGGCAUUAGCAGAAGCACAUGUUUGUCUAACUGCUAAGGAUCCUUACAGUUGCUAUUCCUUACUUCCUGGGACUCUCGAGCUUAUUGUCAAGUUCUUUGACACCGGUGAUGAGCAACUCGCACAGGUCACUUACCAGAUUCUUGCAAGGAUUAUUGAAAGUUGUGUACAAGACAACGAAGCUUGCGCGAAGAAACUGCUUGCAAUGCUAGAUCGUGCUCUAAAUAUACAGUCCACGGUAGUAUGGAAAUAUGUCUUGCGAUCUCAAAUGCGGCUUUUCGAAGCUGCUGGCUCGGUUAUAAUUGGUGACGAGUUUAAUAACGCGUUGAAAACUCUGGCUCUUUUACGCGAAAGUGACAACUGCUGCUGUAAACAGGAACUCGACUUUACGGUCGGAUGUGCCGUACGUCAUGUUGGUGCUCCUGCGGUGUUGGCGAUCAUUCCUUUGGACAUCGAUCCAAAUGCUGCUGUUCUUAGCACGGAGUUUUCUCGCUCGUGGUUGAUCCCGGUACUUCGAGUAAACUUGCAUAAUGCACCGCUAGCCUAUUUCGCUUCCCAUAUUCUUCCUAUUGCCGUGAAGAUAUACAGAAGGCUCUCAACGCUGGAUCCCGUUCCGCAGCGGUUGUACACCACUCUGCAGACGCAGCUGUGGGAGUUGCUCCCUUCGUUCUGUGACUCUCCUUCGGAUCUUGAGAAAUCAUUCCCUCAGCUUGCUCCGGUUCUUGGUGCAGCCAUGAACGAACGAGAUGACCUCAAACUUACGAUCCUUUCCGCUUUGAGACGAGUGGUCAAAUUUGCAUUGCAGCCGGAUGCUCCAGAGCGUAGCGAGGUCGUUGGCGCAUAUGCAAAGAAUUUUAUGCCUUUGCUAUUUAACAUGUAUACUACAAACGUUGAGACCAAUGUUGAUGAUAAGGGAUUGAAAGCAGCAGUGCUCGAUACGAUUCGCACUUAUGCAGAGGUAGCUCCCAAAGAGCUGAUCGAUCAAUUCGUAGAUGCUGCAAUGACAAAAGCCAGAGAUGCAUCUGAUGACAGCGUCAGACAGGCGCGCAUACUGGAUAUUUUGUGCGCUCUUGCACGAACUGCGAACUGUUCCACUCUACAAAAGAUUAUGAGCACGAUUAAUCCAUGGUUUAAUGUGACAGAUACAAGUGGUCUACAGAAGAAAGCAUUCCGAAUCUUGGAGGAAAUUUUGACGAGGAGAGGUUCGCCGGAGUUGGAUACAUUCUUUUCUUCUUGUUCGUCAGAUUUCUAUAAUGCGUUGUCGCGUCCUGUCGCUAGCAUUCAGCCACCUGCUAGGGCCGCUUUUUGUGCAUGUGUUACACUGACGAUCGACUCGUUUGACGAUCUCAAAGCACUUUCUGGAUUUUGCCUUCGAUCACUUGAUGCCACUAUUCUCUCACUUGAUAAGGCUAAUAGCACGCAUACUCGUUCAAAUGCGAGCAAGUGUCUGCAACAUAUGCUCAACAAGCUUGUAGAAGUUGGAGGAGUAAACGAAAAACAUCCAUCUGAAGUAUUGGCGGACUUGUUAGGUCGCAUCUACGAAAUGGCUACCCCGUCAGCUGGGGCUGAUAAUGGAAGCGUAGAAUUGGAUGUUGCGAGAUCAACACUUGUCGCCUUGAAUAUAGUUGCACAGAAACAGUUGAAGGUUCUGAACGGGGGUCACAUUUCACGUCUUGUUGCUCAUGGAUGUGCAUGGAUCGGAGACGGGCGUCCUCCAGUCCGCAUUCUGGUCAUCAGGUUACUUCGUGUACUAGUCCAAAAACUACCGGAGUUCGCUUUGCAACAAUAUCGUGAUCUUUUACUCAGUUCCAUAUUCGAGGGACAACUUACUUGUGAUCUUACAUCAAAGGUCCGAAAAGCCAACCGUCUAUUACUGGAAGUUCUGGUAGCCAAAUUUGGUAUAGACGUGCUGAUGAAGUACACAAAUAAGCCAGAUUGGGUCAAGCAAAUGAGAAAUAUAGAAAAGAUUAAUAGAAGGAAGGAGCGGCAGCUAAAUAAUGAAGCAACAACUAAGGACAGCGAUGAUGAAAAUGUCAGUGAAGCUGAAUCCCGGCUAACCUCACGCACCGCGGGUGCCGACACCAUCCUGAAACUUUUGGAUGAUAGCGAUACUUCUGAAAGUGACGGUGAAGGUGAAAUUGCUGAGCUUCGUAGCAGAACUGGAAGUGUUUGGUUGAAAGAAGACACUGAUAUGGGCGAUGCAACUGAUUUAUUGGAUAGAGAGAGUAUGCUGCUCAAGGUCACCACUUCGGAUCCGGCUCGACUAGCAAAGAAAAAGGCCAAGCAGAUGGAAAAGAAAAAGGAUAAAGAGUCUGGGUUCAAAAUAACUAAAGAUGGAAAGCUAGUGAUUGUGGAUAGCGAUGAAGAUAACGAACGAAAGCGCAAGACUAGGAAGCGAAAGAAUGGUAUAGACGAUCUAGAAGAUGAUUUCCCAUUGGAAGAAAAGAGGAAAAAGAAAAGCAUAAUUGAAGGCGAAAGCGACUCCGAUGAUGAUAGCGAAAAUCUCAACCCCAAGAGCAUGGCGAAAUCUGUUGUAAGCACAACAUCCAGUUGGCGUCCCGGUGGCAAGGGUAUCCAUCGCGAUACAAGCAGUAAAAAAGGCAGUGGUGACAGUAAGAAGAAAGGACAGAAAUUGCAACCUUACGCUUAUAUACCAUUGCGGCAAAAAGGAGGAAAACAGAACCUGGUGAAAGCCCUCAAAGCACAGAAGAAAGGUGGGAAAGCAAAGAAAAUAGUCAAGAUCUGAAAAAAAGGAGCAGUUCAAAAUUUACUUGUUGUGUUUGAGCAAUUCUAAUCAUUGUUAUUUGUUUCGGUUUCUCAUGUUUUCGUUUUAAUGUCGCUACGAGUAUAAUUGCCAAAUAGAUAGCCGAUAAUAUAAAUAAAUACACGAAAUGAACGAAAAUUCUGUUGU